UGGAGUUUUGUGCGAGGUGUCAGGGUGCUCCGGGGGGCGAACGAAGGGAGGCUGGGCGUAGUACGAGGGAGGUUGUCGAGGUCAGGGGAGUUAAUGGGCUGGUCAAUGGGCAUGGGAUCAACGGGCACGGAAUCAACGGACACGGACUGAACGGACACGCACAUGAUAGCGACAGCGAAGACGAGGACGCGGAUGAAGGCGACAAUGUUGAGGCGGAAAGCAUCAGCUCGGACUUGGAAAGAGAGUUGGAAGAGUUCAUCCCGGAGUGUUAUCGACGGGCUUUGGCUGGGGAGAACAACGGUACUUCGGUUCCGGCCAUGGGACCGGGGUCGACAGACCGAUUCGGACAAGGCUCGAACGUCCCAGCUGCCUCUACCCCACCCAACAUCCCCAUCCUUACCACCCCCACCAACCCCACCCUCACUUCCACCUUCACCCCAACCCCAACCCGCACCUCCACAACCGCCACAACCCGCACCCCCACCAACCCCACAACCCCCACCCCCAAUACCGACGCUAACGAAGCACUCACACGCCGGCAACAAUCAGACAGAGCAUCCAACCUCAUAGGUACCCUCUUGCUGCAAGGAUACUCUCUAUUGUCGGAUGUGUGUGAUAAUGAGGGGUGUUAUGGGAUCCCGCUUGUUGGCCAUCCUCGCCGGCAGGCGAAUGCGGGUAGCGGGGGGCGGACGACCGACACGAGUGGGAGUGGAGGGUUGGCAAGGAAUGCGGGUGCGGGACGUGCAGGAGGAAGUGGACGGACCGGAGCAGGAAGUACAGGUGGGAGUGGGACCGGGGGACAGAAGAAGGAAUGCGUGAUCUGCGGGAAAAUGUGGGAGGCGGAUGGGACGGUCUCUAGGCCUUCCAGGGGAUCUCGAGAAUCUGAAGGGGGUGUCGAAGGACGAGCAGCACAAGGAGGAAGAACAGGGGCGGUUUCGGGACCUGCCGCUCGGGCUGCGAUCGGUUCGGGAGUCAGACCAGGAUCAGGACCAGGAUCGAGACAAGCACAAGUCCGACCCAACUCGACAUCAUCGAUGCCCAUUCCUCAGGCGACGAGGAUGAGGGAUAUCUCGAGGGAAGAAGCUAUGAGGAUCUAUUCGGGCGAGGUGGACGUCUCUACGGCGUUGUUGGGGACGGGAACGGGAACGAGUCGGGGGGAGGCGUCCGCGGGUGCGUUUAGGGAUGAUCGUGCGUUUGGGGCUGUGGUUCAGGAUAGGGAUGGGGAGGAUCGGGCUCCGCCCAUGAUCGCUAGUUGCUAUGCCGCCGAUCCUGCCCCCGGUGCUGGUUCUGGUUCGCCUGCGGCGGGACGAAAUGGGGAAGAUGAGCCUAUUCCCAUCGUUUCCACGGAUUUGGGUCGCGGUGAUUUCCGUCAGUCCCACGCAGAUGCUACCACCACCAACAACGACAACAAUAACCCCGCCCCUAGCCAGCUGGACCUAGCAACAACCCUCAACUCGACCGAACAAGCCCUCCUCUCCACGCUCGAAGCGAUCAACCGGACUUACCUUCUCAAAUCUUCCGGCCCUCCCGCAGAGUUCGAGAGGUUCAUCAGCGGGGGGGAGGUGAGGAAGUAUGUCGAGGCGAGUGCGGAGGUGAUGAGAGGGUUACAGGGGGUGGAGAGGAUGAGAGGUAGGAUGGGGCUCGAUUCGAGCACCAGGACUAGGCAGCGGGAAAGGGAGAGGGAACGGGAGAGGGAGAGGCAGAGGGAAUGGGAUAGGGAGAGGGAGGAGCGGAGGGAUUAUGCGUGGAGGAACAGGGAUAGGGACUUGGAGAGGUUGGACAGGGAUUUGGACGGGGAGAGUUAUCGGGAGAGGUCGAUCUCGCCUUACGUCAACGAGUUUGGGGGGAGGAGGUAUUACGAGUAGGCGGGCAUGGAAUAGCAUAAAUCCUGGGGGCAGCUGGUUUUCGUGGGGAGGCUUUCGGGAUUCUCAGUGGAAUGAACGAGAUGUCUACUUGCGAAGAGCUUUGUACAUGUCGUACAACAGGUACAGACAGUCACGUCGAUAAGAUAGCACAUCAGUGAUCGCUACAGGUCACGUGACCAUGCUUGUCUGAACGCGACGUAAUAUGACGUACGAUGCUGACGUCAUCUAUCAUCUCGAUCUCGUCAUCA